UCGCUACUCACCGCCUCCACUUGAAAACUUUUUCCACAGCCACCUUUCUUUCCCUUCUUCCUUCCCCCCUUAAAGCAUUACUUUUUCUCCAAAGAACACGCACAUUACACACACCAGCUCUUUCUCUCUCUCUCUCUCUCCUCUUUCUCUCUCUAAGAACAAACAAACAUAGAAUCCUCCGCAUUUUCUAUUACUGUCAUUAAAGCUGGCGAUUGAUAACCAAGAAACCGCAGUUUGUGAAAUCAAGCCCAAGAACAGGCGAAUAAUGGGACCUGACGAGGAGGAGAAUCGAUGGCCGCCAUGGUUGAAAGCUCUGCUGAAAGAACAGUUCUUCGUUCAGUGCAAAUAUCACGCCGAUUCCCACAAGAGUGAAUGCAAUAUGUAUUGUUUGGACUGUAUAAACGGCCCUCUCUGUUCUCUCUGCUUGUCUCACCACAAGGACCACCGAGCAAUUCAGAUAAGGAGGUCAUCGUACCAUGAUGUUAUAAGAGUUUCAGAAAUUCAAAAGUAUCUAGACAUUGGCUCUGUUCAGACAUACAUAAUCAACAGUGCUAAGGUUGUCUUCUUGAAUGAGAGGCCGCAGCCCAGGCCCGGUAAAGGAGUUACAAACACCUGCGAUGUAUGUGAUCGCAGCCUUCUCGACUCCUUCAGAUUCUGCUCUCUUGGCUGCAAGAUUGUUGGGUCGUCAAUGAAUUUCCGAAAGCACAAGAAGCAGUCGCCAGAUAGGAAGAGGGCCGCUCCGCUGCCGCCCACAAUGGCCACAUCGGAAGAGUCGGGCGAUUCGUACAGCGGUAGCAGCAGCAGCAGCCAUCACGGCCGGAAAGCCACCAUAUUAUUCCCUAGUUUCUCUCCGUCCACACCUCCCCGAACAUCGGCUAAUUACCGAUCCACCAAGCGCAGAAAGGGCAUUCCGCAUCGAGCACCCAUGGGUGGGCUCCCUAUAGAAAUAUAGAAUUAACCCUAAAUUCCCAACAACAACAAGAAGAAGAAGAUCAAAGAAGAAGAAAUCUGCCUCUGUUAUGAUAUAAUAUAUAAAUAUAAAAAUAUAUAUUAUAGUGAAAUAUAUCUUUGCAAUAGGGUGUUUGGUACAUUGUAUAUAGAACCAGCUUUUACUAGUAUAGAUAUAUGUGAAAUAUAUAUAUAUAUAUAUAUAGCCAAGGAUAGAUGUUUGAAAUAAGACAAUGUUGUGAAAAUGUAAUCCAACCUCUGAAUCCCAUGAAUAUGAAUGAAUAGUUUUCAGUGUGUUUGGUAAA